AUGGGCACCGACAUCCAACUCUCCUCCCUCGCAACCCUCCUCCCCGACGAAGAAGCCAAUUUCUUCCGCGACAACGUCUGCGACCUCCUCCGCGACCGCAAACGCCGCUUCCCCGGCGCGCAACCCGUCUCCUUCACACGCGCCCACCUCCACGAACUCACCCAACGCGACUACUUUCUGGUGGAGAAGACGGACGGACUGCGCUGUUUAUUAUACUGCCAUCAAUUUUCCGGAGAGAAUGGGAGUCCGCCACAGGAAGCGCAGUUUUUGAUUGAUAGGAAGAAUGCAUAUUGGUAUAUUCCUUCGGGGUACUUGCAUUUACCGCCUCCAGCCGCGAAUCCUAAAGCCGUACCGCCUUAUGAGAAUCACAGUUGGCAUUUGAAUACCUUGUUGGAUGGGGAAUUGGUGCGGCAGAGAUUUGGGAAUGGCAAGGAACAAUUGACGUUUUUGAUCUUUGAUCUACUGGCGCUGGAUGGGGAGAGUAUGACGGCGCGGGAUUAUGGGCAACGCAUUGCGAAGAUUGAUCGGAGUAUCAUACGGCCUUGGGAGGCUUUUGCGAAGGAUUGGCCGGAGGAGGCGGCGGUGCAGCCGUUUCAGCUGGCGUUGAAGAGACCGCAGGCGCCGUAUGGGACGGAGAUGAUGUUCAAGGAGUUGAUUCCCAAGUUGCCGCAUGGGAAUGAUGGGUUGAUUUUCACGUGCAAGGAUACGGGGUAUGUGUGUGGGACGGAUGACAAGAUUUUGAAGUGGAAGCCUCCGCAUGAGAAUUCGGUGGAUUUUCGACUGCGGUUGGGUGCGUUUCCCAUGGUGACGGGGGAAGAUGGUGAGGUUUAUGAGGAUUUCGAUGGGAAGCCGGAGAUUUCGUUGAUGAUUUACGAGGGCGAUCGGAAAGCGGAGGGGUACACACAUUUUGGGUACUUGCAUCUUGAAGAUGCCGAGUGGGAGGCCAUGAAGGGGAUGCAGCAGAUGUUUGAUUGGAGGAUUUUGGAGUGCUGGAGGGAUGCGGAGACGGGAAGGUGGAGGCCGAAGAUUGAAAAGGAUGGGACGCCGAGAUUCCGUGAUGACAAGGAACAUGCCAAUCACGUUAGUGUCGUGACGAGUGUCAUUCAGAGCAUCGAGGAUGCUGUUACCGAGGAGGAUUUGAUUGCUGCCGCGGGGAAGAUCAAGGCGGCUUGGAAGGAGAGGGAGAGAUUGAAGGAGAAGGCUGUGAGGGAGGCCAAGGAGAAGGCUAUGAGGGAGGCGAAGGAGAGGGCGGGGCAGCAACAGCAACAACAACAUCCACAACAGCAACAACAUCCACAACAACCACAACAACAGCAGCAGCCUCCACAGCAGAGAUUGGCAGCGCCCGCUCCGCAGCCGAUGAGGAAGGUUAGUCCUGAUGAGGAUGGGCCGGGGUACACGGACUAG